AGCCAGGGACCCUAGGGGCGGUAACUGUGGCGCGUCCCCUUAGUUCUGGGUUUCACGGGGAGUUUCGCAGCUCGCGCGCGGCCGAGAGGCAGUUGACUCCGCGCUCGGGCUGUAGGCGCGUCUCGCAGCGAAGCAGAGGGAGGGCGCGGCGAGCUGGCUCCCACCAUGGCCGCGAACUAUUCCAGUUCAAGUAACAGGAGAGAACAUGUCAAAACUACAACCGAGCCCCAGCCAGGCUUCCUGGAGCGGCUGAGCGAGACCUCAGGCGGGAUGUUUGUGGGGCUCAUGACCUUCCUGCUCUCCUUCUACUUGAUUUUCACCAAUGAGGGCCGCGCCUUGAAGACAGCAACCUCCCUGGCCGAGGGCCUCUCGCUCGUGGUGUCCCCUGACAGCAUCCACAGUGUGGCUCCAGAGAACGAGGGGAGGCUGGUGCACAUCAUUGGGGCCCUGCGGACGUCCAAGCUCUUGUCUGAUCCAAACUACGGGGUCCACCUUCCGGCUGUGAAAUUGCGGCGGCACGUGGAGAUGUACCAGUGGGUGGAGACGGAGGAGUCCAGAGAAUACACCGAGGAUGGGCAGGUGAAGACAGAGAGGAGGUACUCCUACAACACCGAAUGGAGGUCAGAGAUUGUCAACAGCAGAAACUUCGACAGAGAGAUUGGCCACAAAAACCCCAGUGCGAUGGCAGUGGAGUCCUUCACAGCAACGGCCCCCUUCGUCCAAAUUGGCAGGUUUUUCCUCUCGGCAGGCCUCAUUGACAAAAUCGACAACUUCAAGCCAUUGAGCCUGUCCAAGCUGGAGGACCCCCACGUGGACAUCAUUCGCCGGGGAGACUAUUUCUACCACAGUGAAAACCCCAAGUAUCCGGAGGUCGGAGACCUGCGCGUCUCCUUUUCCUACGCGGGGCUGAGCGGCGACGACCCCGACCUGGGCCCAGCUCACGUGGUCACCGUGAUUGCCCGGCAGCGGGGUGACCAGCUAGUCCCAUACUCCACCAGGUCCGGGGACACCUUGCUUCUCCUGCACCAUGGGGACUUCUCAGCAGAGGAGGUGUUUCGUAGAGAGCAGAAGAGCAACUCCAUGAAGACAUGGGGCCUGCGGGCCGCCGGCUGGAUGGCCAUGUUUACGGGCCUCACCCUGAUGACGCGGAUCCUCUAUACCCUGGUGGACUGGUUCCCCGUCUUCCGAGACCUGGUCAACAUUGGCCUGAAGGCCUUCGCCUUCUGCAUGGCCACCUCGCUGACCUUGCUGACCGUGGCUGCGGGCUGGCUCUUCUACAGGCCCCUGUGGGCCCUCUUCAUCGGCUGCCUGGCCCUGGUGCCCAUCAUCAUUGCUCGGACACGGGUGCCAGCCAAAAAGCUGGAGUGAAGCAGGCCCUGGCACCCACCAGACACCCGCGUGAGCCCCCGGAUCCAGGCCGCCCCCCGGCCCCACCCCACUCCACGCCCGAGCAUGAGUCUGCAUCCGUUUUGGAUUCUGCACCCACCCCGCUCUUCAAGGGGCUGGACUUGACCGCGUACGUAGGUGUCAGGUUUGGUGUCCCUCAGUUAGCAUCGUCCCCAGCCCUUCUCUUGCCAGCAGGCAGCUCCUGGUCUUGUAGCAUGACAGGCAUUCUCGCCUCCUUUUCUUGGGACCGAGUGUCGCCGCUCCGCACAUCUCACUUCACUGAUGUCUGCAGACAACGAGGCGGUGAUGCUCGGAGACCUGCGCCUAUCACUGCUGCCUCUCAUUCCUGGAGGUGAGUGCCUGGGCUCUGCCACAGCCACACCGCACCCUAAAGGGCCACCGUCACAGUCGCCUUGGAGCAGGACCGCAGCAACAGGACAGAGCACUCUCCUACCCUAUGAGGGAGUUGAGAUUUAAAAAACAAAACAAAAAAACCACCGGAAUGAUUCACAUUUCAGACUGUUACAGAAAAACACGCUUUAAUCCGUCAGUGGAAGUUGAUUCAGAGCACAGAAAGGUGUUAAGUGGGGGUGUGGCUUACCUGGUGAGAAAAACUAUUACUUCUGUCAGUAUUCUGGGUUGCUGGGACACUUUAAGAUGCUUUGGACCAAGUGUUUCCACCCUUGGAGAGGGGACUCGCCAGGGCAGAGAAAGGCUUUUCCUUUCAUCUUCUGGCAUCAGAAACUACCGAUUUACUUGAAUGAUUCAGUUUUUAGUCAACCAUCAAAGGAAGACGUUGGAAGCUCUAUUCUGUUAGGUGGGCUCCUCACGGUGACCUCCCAUCGGCCAGAAUCAGGGAUCAGAGACCUGGAGCCUGCUGGAGUCCAGCACUCUCGUUUGACCUUGUUCCUUUCAUCACAUCAAUGCUUCUACAUGAGUGUCCAGGCCUCCCGUGGCGGCUUCUGAGUGGUUGGUUUAUCUGUUAAGUGUCCACAGCUUUACUCCUAAUUAAAACCUACCCACGCUUAAUUCACUUAGUUUCUAAGUUUCAUACCCUUUGAAAGAUAAACUAUGUUAUAACCAUGAUGCCUUAAAAGACUCUUUGUAUGUCCUUUAUCUUUUUGCUAUUUAGAAAUUGUUCUGCUUUGCUGGAGUGCUUGUUUUAGCAAGUAAGUAUUUGGUAGUCAAGUGAGGGGUCAGAACUUCUGAAACUAGUGAGCUAAUCUUCUUGUCCUGGGUCAUCUGUGCUAUAAACGGAGAUUCUUCGUGUUAAAAACAGCCAGUCCCAGCGAUGAUUUAUCUGGGUUGAAGGACUGAAAUAGUAUUCACUACUGCUUGUUAAACAAGCAGUUUCAUCAAUCUCUCAACUUUUAAAGGAUGCUUUUGGAGACAACACUGUAACUAGAUGAUGGUGAAAUGCAAAAUCCUUGGGAUCUGGUUUGUGCAAUUUUUUCUAGCAGAUUUUAAAUUACUGCCAAUUUCAAAAGUGUUGUUAAUGAGCAAAAUAAUGUUAGAUAUUUGAAGCCUUUGGAAAAUCAUGAAAUUUGUAUUAUCUUUGUAUUUCUGAUAAAAAUUGAAAAUAAAUUUUUAAAUAUCUUUUGUUAUA